CAGAACGCACCAUCAACACAUGGAUCUCCAGAUGCAGCCAGGCACCUGGGAAGAAGACGGACCAUGACAAGGUUCAUGAUGGGUCUUAUCGCCUCGGUUGAUGCGGCACAUUCGCGCUCAACAAUGCACAUCUCCUUCCACAGGGCGUGUGACAAAGUCACUUUUUGGAAAUUAAUUUUCGACUUUGUUUACCACCUCAAGUUGCUGUUGAUUCCCGUUUGCAAGGACUCACAGCACACACUUGCUAUACCGACAACAUGGGCUCUGUUGAGGCACCGGACAGCAAUGGGGUCAAACCCAAGAAGCAGCUGAUUCUCAAUGCCUUCGAUAUGUACACCGUCGGCCAUCUUUCUCCAGGACAGUGGAAGGUUGUCUGCGUUGGUGCUGACUGGGUUCUCCAGAAUCCCAAGGAUCGCUCCGGCACGAAGCGGGAUCUCGAGUAUUGGACCGAUCUUGCAAAAGUCCUGGAGCGUGGAGGAAUCAAUGCACUCUUUCUUGCCGAUACCUACGGGUCUUACAGCACGUACGAAGGCAGCGAGGACAAUUGCGUCCGACGCGCUGCCCAAUGGCCAAUGCUGGAUCCAACGAUUCCCAUCUCAGCCAUGGCGGCCGUUACGAAGAACUUAGCAUUCGGAAUUACAGCUUCUACCUCAUUCGAGCCACCUUUUCUUCUGGCCAAACGAUUCUCCACGCUUGACCACAUCACCAAGGGGCGCAUCGGAUGGAACAUUGUCACUUCCUGGAAAAAGGGUGCAUUCAAAGCCAUCGGAAUCAACACCCCAAUCGAGCAUGACGAGCGAUACGCCCAGGCAGAUGAGUACAUGAGGGUUCUCUACAAGCUCUGGGAAGGAUCAUGGGCAGAUGAUGCUCUGAACCCAGACGCUGCCACAGAUGUAUACAUCGAUCCCGACAAGGUCCGCACCAUUCACCAUCACGGCAAAUAUUUCAAUCUCGAAACUCGACACAUCGUGGACCCGUCGCCUCAGCGCACCCCGUUCCUGUUUCAAGCAGGGACAUCCACAGCAGGAUCAGCUUUUGCAGCCGACCACGCCGAAGCCAUAUUUGUGUCCUCACACGAUCCCAAGGUACUCCGGCCCAAGAUUGACAACAUUCGGAAGCUCGCGAAAGAACGGGGACGCGAUCCGAAGUCUAUCAAAGUCGUUGCGACUUUCACUCCAAUCAUUGGACGAACGGAAGAAGAAGCGCGUCAAAAGUACGAAGACGCGAAGAAAUAUGCCUCGACGAUAGGCGGCCUAGUCUUGUUCUCCGGCUGGACAGGGAUCGAUAUCUCUACGAUACCCCUUGAUAAGGAUAUCACCACGGAGGACUCGAAGGAAGCGCACAAAGUAAGGAGCAUUCUCGACGCAUUCACGACUACAUCCGAGACCAUACCACGCUGGACUCCGAGAGUUGUGUCCGAGAAAGCUGCCAUCGGUGGUCUAGGACCUCUUGGUAUAGGCACUCCUGAGCAAGUUGCGGAUGUCUUGGAGAAGUGGGUUGAAGAGGCAGAUGUGGACGGCUUCAACCUGGCCUAUAUCACGACGCCUGGUUCCUUUGAGGACGUGGUGGAUCUGCUCGUUCCUGAGCUUAGACGCAGGGGCAUAUACCCCGAGGCUCGAUCUGCCGACGAGAAACCUUUGACGCAGCGUGAGAAGGUUUAUGGGCCCGGCCAAGCCGGUCUCAGGGACGACCACACGGGCGCAAAGUACAAGUACGACGUGUAUGACCAGAACGUCAAAGACGAGUCGGUUGAGACCGAGGCGCCCGUAGUCUCAGAACAGCAAGCUUAAGAAUGGCGGAAUUUGGACCACAGUAGCCCAACAUGCAGAGCCGAGCCUUGGUGCUGUCCCUUAAGAUCCACAAAGAUAUCUGAUGCGG